AAGCUCUCUUCUCAAACCACGCACUUUCCUUCUCCUCCACACGUAUACGUUCACUCCCUCCUAGCCCCCCUUCUUCACUCAUCAUUGCUCCAAAGAAGACUACUCUUGCAAACACGCAUGAAGAAGAAGAGUAAAUGAACCCACCAACUCCAUCUUCCUCCCCUUCCUCGUUCAAUCCUCUGUAACCCCCAUUAAUACCCUGAAAAAAAACCCUAGAGCUUCUCUCCCUCUUUCUCUCUCUCUCAAGGGAAAGAUGUCCUACAUCUUGUGGAAGAACAUUAAUCGCUGCUUCCCCAUGUUCAAGUGCCUCCCUUCUCUCCCUUCGCCGCCGCCGCCGCCGCCCUCGAAGGAUCAAGACGACUCGUCGUCCUCCGUUUCCACUAGCACCACCACCACGCCCACUUCCGUCCUGACCAAGCACUUCAACUCCAUCUACGACCUCACCUCGGAUCUGUCCACCACCUCCAAGUCCUUCACGCCCUUUACCGCCACCGACGACCUCCUCUCGUCCUCGGACGACUCCGACGUCGCCCACUCGCCGCCCGACUUCGCCACCAUCUACGCCUCGCAGCGCUUCUUCUUCUCCUCCCCUGGCCGGUCCAACUCCAUCGUCGAGUCCGCGGUGACCGCCGCCGCCACCGCCGCCGCUGCUCCUCCCGAGGCGACCUCCUCCGCUGCUCCCGGGGCCGAGGACAAGACCGAGAGCCUAGCGGAGGCCGGCGGGGUCGCGGUGCACAAGUACUCGCCCGACCCGUAUUUGGACUUUAGGAGAUCAAUGCAGGAGAUGGUUGAGGCCAGGGAUUUGAGGGAUGUGAGGGGUGACUGGGAGUACUUGCACGAGCUGCUCCUGUGUUACCUCAGGCUCAACCCUCACCACACCCACAAGUUCAUCAUCGAUGCCUUCACCGACCUCAUCAUUAGCAUGAUGGCCCCACCGGAGGCCGAUAGAAGCCGGAAACCGGGCCGGCGACGGAGGCAGCGCGGUGGUUCGAUGGGGUAAUAAAACACUGAUAGCGUCGACAAUGUUAAGGAGCGAGAAAAAAAAAAUUGAGAAAAGGGUAAACUUUGGGUAGUUUUUGUUUUUUGGACGGUUUCUUCCAUGGGUUGAUCUUUUGUCUUUUGUGUAAAGUGAUGCUUCAUCCAUGAAGACAAAAAAGAGCAAAAUUACUUGGGCAUUAGCAGUCCAAGGAAGCGUGGGAUGUUAAUGUCUCGAUGCACGUCUUAUCUCUGCGAUUUUCCUAUGUUAUCUGCCCUAUCUUUCUAUGUAAAAAAAUUGAAUGUGUUGGAAAGACAAAACUGUAAUUCUCUCAUUGUGUCCGGCGAAGCAACGGAGUUAUCGUCUUGUCGUGCUUAUUGCCUAAUUGCAAUCUAUUUGCUUAUUUUAA